UCAUGAAUGCUAAAGCUAGCAACGCUUUCCCACGCGUAUUUUUUUUUGGGUCCGCUGCAAGCCAACGUCAGAAGCGCUCCAGGAGUUGGCAACUUAAUGGCGAUAGCUGGUGAACUAUUCGGGAUGUUGGAAAGAAGGAUUGCGUCGUACAAGGAGGAACUUUCUGGAACAAAGGAGGAGAAGGAGCGACAGCGAAUGGAAGCUGUUAGCAAGACUGGACCUGGGCUACACAUUGACGUCCAGCAGGGGGCGUGCUCCACUUUGAAGCAGGACGAUCCCCAGCCCCACCACUUUAAAGAGGAAGAGGAGGAACUCUGGAUCCCUCGGGAGAGAGGGCAUCUUCUACGGUCGGAGGAGGCCGCUCUCGCCAGGUUGCUACUCACUGGUGUCUCCACGAAGACUGAAGACCAUGAAGACAAACCACAAGCAGACAACCUCUUAGCGCCGCCAUCAGAUGGUGACGGCAUCCAAGAAGCUUUAAGCAGCGAUGCAGACUGUGAAGGUGAUAUGAGAACUCAGGCUGACAACAAACACUCUGAAUGCUCUAAAAAGAAGACAGGCGUCCAGCAGAUGACAGGUCAUCGAGAAGAACAUCCCCCUCAGCUGCAGGAGCAGGAGGAUCCCCAGGUCCCCAACGUUAAAGAGGAAGAUGAGGAACUCUGGAUCACUCAGGAGGGAGAGCGUCUUCUGGGGUUGGAGGAGGCCGAUCUCACCAAGUUGCCGCUGACGGUCAUCUCUGUGAAGACUGAAGACCACGAAGAUGACCCACACGUGUCCUCACAGCUUCAUCAGAACAGAUGUCCAGCAGGUGAUCGGUCAUCAAGAAGAACACCCCCCUCAGCCACAGGUGAGGAGCUCCACUUUGAAGCAAGAGGAUCCCCAGCCCAUCACAUUAAAGAGGAACAGGAUCCCCAGGCCCCCCACAUGAAGGAAGAAGAGGGGGAGCUUCCAACCAUUCAGGAGCGAAAGUGUCUUAGAGGGCCCGAGGAGGCUGAUCUCACCGUGUUGCCACAGACUGGUGUCUCUGUGAAGACUGAAAAGCAUGAAGACAAACCACCUGAGUCCUCACAGCUUCACCACAGUCCAAGUGAGGAGAACAGAGGGGCGGAGCCUCCAAGCAGCAGCAGCAGCUCAGCACCACAACACAUGACAACAGAAGCUGAUGGAGACCACUGUGGAGGAUCACAAGCAGACAAGCUCUUAGCUCCGCUAUCAGAUAGCGACGACGCAACAUCGCAAUAUCCAGAGGAUGAAGACAUGGACAACACCCAAGAAGCUGUAAGCAGCGAUACAGACUGUGAAGGCGAUAUGAGGACUCACUCUGACAACACGUGUUCUGAAAAGAAGACAGGUAAAGAACAUUUGUCCUGCUCGUUUUGUGGUAAAAUAUUCUCACGAAAGGUAAUCAUGUUAUCACACAUGAGAACACACACAGGAGAAAAACCUUUUAGUUGCUCCGUUUGUGGCCAAAGAUUCUCUCAAAAGUCAAACAUGCUGAAACACACGAGAAUACACACAGGAGAAAAACCCUUCGGUUGCUCGGUUUGCGGUAAAAGAUUCUUUCAAAAGGUGGAAAUUGUUUUGCACAUGAGAACACACACCGGGGAAAAACCUUUCAGUUGUUCAGUUUGUGGCGAGCGAUACUCCCGCAAGUCAAACAUUGUGUCACACAUGCGAACGCACACGGGCGAAAAACCUUUCAGUUGCUCAGUCUGCGCGAAAAGCUUUUCUCAGAAGCGCUACUUGACGCAACACGCGUGGACGCACACUGGCAAGAAACCCUAUGAGUGCUCGGUUUGCAGCGACAGGUUUGCCAAGAGGUUCACCUUGAUGCGACACAUGACCACGCACACGGGAGACAAGCCGUUUAGCUGUUCGGUGUGCGAUGAACGAUUCUCUCGAAAGUCAAACAUGGAAGCGCACAUGAGGACGCACACGGGAGAGAAACCCUUUAGUUGUUCGGUCUGCAGCAAAAGAUUCGCUCAAAAGUCAAACAUGGAGGCGCACGUGAGAUCGCACACGGGAGAAAAGCCUUUUCGAUGCUCGGUGUGCAGUCAAAGUUACUCUUAUAAGAAAACUUUAACCGCACACAUGUGGACACACUGAGGAUAAGCGUUUUUGGAA